AUGACCCUUAAUGACGUAAGAGGUUAAAGGUCCUCUCAACGACAUCAACAGCGCAGAGCUUUCAUGCUUAACAGAGGAGCAUGACGGGAACGUAAACAGGUGUUCGCGGUGUUGUUUGUUAGUUUGCGAAAAGUGUAACAAAGGCGGUGAGUGUGUAAGAACGACCUUAUCUUCAAACUACUGACAGCGGUUUGUGAACUGAGAUAAGGAGCAGCCGGAUGAAGACGCGUUCCCAGAACUGAUAUCUGACAAAUCAAGCAUGGCAGGAGUGUUUGAUAUAGAUCUGGAAACUGAGGACAUCAGUGAUACAGAGGAUGAUGUCUGUGACUUCACUGUGACAGAACCUGAGAAUGUUCAGACAGAGGAGGUGGAGUUGACCAGUGAGAGUGUCAACAGAGACAGUGAGAGAGUGGGACCUGACUGCUUUGAGCUUCUUACUGUGCUGGGAAAAGGAGCCUAUGGCAAGGUUUUCCAGGUGAGGAAGGUUCAAGGUGCUCAGACUGGAAAAAUAUUUGCCAUGAAGGUCCUGAAAAAGGCUAAGAUAGUGUGCAAUGCUAAGGACACAGCGCAUACAAGAGCGGAGCGGGAGAUCCUGGAAACAGUGAGACACCCCUUCAUUGUGGAUCUGCUCUAUGCCUUCCAAACUGGGGGGAAACUCUACCUCAUUCUGGAGUGUCUCAGUGGAGGGGAGUUAUUCAUGCAGCUAGAGAAAGAAGGCAUCUUCAUGGAGGACACUGCUUGUUUCUAUCUAGGAGAGAUCACAUUGGCUCUAGGUCACCUCCACUCUAACGGGAUUAUUUACAGAGACCUCAAACCUGAAAACAUCAUGCUUAAUCAUCAAGGACACAUCAAGCUAACAGACUUUGGUCUCUGCAAGGAAUCAAUUCAUGAUGGAACCGUCACACACACGUUUUGUGGCACAAUAGAGUACAUGGCUCCAGAGAUCCUGACCAGAUCAGGUCACAACAGAGCAGUAGACUGGUGGAGCCUGGGGGCCCUGAUGUACGAUAUGAUGACUGGAUCACCUCCAUUUACAGCUGAAAACAGGAAGAAGACAAUUGACAAGAUCUUGAAGUGUAAACUUAACCUGCCCCCGUACCUGACCAUCGAUGCAAGGGACCUCAUCAAGAAGUUGUUGAAGAAGAAUCCAUCACAGAGACUUGGCUCCAGUAAAGCAGACUGUGCUGAUAUCCAGAAACACCCAUUCUUCAGGCACAUCAGCUGGGAUGACCUGCUGAACAAGAGAGUGGAGCCACCAUACAAGCCUCACCUGCAGUCGGACGAAGACGUCAGCCAGUUUGACACCAGAUUUACCAGACAGACGCCAGUUGACAGUCCAGACGAUACGUCACUCAGUAACAGCGCAGAGCUUGCCUUUGCCGGCUUCACUUACGUGGCUCCAUCAGUCUUAGAAAGUCUAAAGGAGGGCUUCUCAUUUGAACCCCGAACUCGACCUGUGCGCAGACACAACAGCAGCCCACGCACACCCAUAAGUCCACUGAAAUUUUCCCCAGCUGGACCUUUCAAGUGCAGCAUCGAUGGAGAGCCAGACCUUUUCUCUCCCACCUCUCCACCGCCAGCUCCGCUUUCUGUGCCACUGGAAAACGGCGCUUCCAGUCAGCCAAUCAGGACGCCUGCGAGAAACAAGAAGCAGAAAGGACAUCGCAGAUGAGGAGGAAAUCUUCAUAGAGCCAGCAAGGUGCUAUGUGACCUUAGUCAGAUUCACAUUUUAUAGGAUCCAGCAAGCGUUGAGGCACAGAGCUGAAGUGUUUUCUUUCUGCUGGCAUUGUGUUUUACGAACACAGUUGUAUUUCGGGCUUACUGUUCAGAACUUCCUGUUUGCAACAUAGAUUACUAUAUGAUUCCCAAAUCAAUAUGUGAUAUCAUGCUUUUACUUUUUGAAGUCAGAUUGAAGAGUGUGAGUUUUAUUAUUUGUCUCAGAUGGUCACUAUAUUGGCUAAAGUUGUUCCACUGCACUGUAGUUCUCACUGUGGCACUCAAAACAAUAUGUAUAAGAAAACCAUUUCUUCUACAAAUAGCAUUAGAGCGAGGGCAACAGAACUGCUGCUAUUUCUCUACUAACUUCACCUCAUUUUUCAUGACAAGUCAAGGUCAGGAAGAUGAUGGACUCAUUGGUUAACAUGGCUUCAUUUCAUAUGUGCAUGCUAAUACAACUACAACAAAGAAAAGGUGUGAUAUAAAGUGUUUUGGGUUUAAUUAGUCCAUCAGCUUUUAAUUAGUUCAUAAGAGUUUGUGUAAGGAGGUCGACUAUCGCUGACAUUUUAAUUAGGGAACUGAUGAAGGAUCACUCUACUGAAGUUCUGAUUCUUUUCCAUUAAGGUGGAGCUGUGAAACUGACCUUCAGCCAUCAGGCUAUCAAGUAACUUUUAACUGCACAAACUUAAAGUAGUUUAAGAUUUGUUGGGGUGGGACUGCAUCAUAAAGAAAUCUACUGAAUGAAAUGCUGUAUCGUACGCACAAAAUGUGUCCAUGAAUGUCAGCUGAUCUUUAGAGAUAAUUUUUGUCUGAAAAUAUGUUGACAUUCAUCAGUGCCAUUCUGAACAGUGUUCAUGUCUACUGCCAAAGCCGUAACACAUGCUUACAUUGUACACACGGACCAGUCACACCACAAUGUGCACUUGAGUGCACUUGACUAGAGGGAUAUAGUGUAUUUACUAACUGGGUGAAUUAAGAGGUUGUAAUCUUUAUGAAAAUAGACCCUGUAUAAUAAUCAAAGUAUUUUGUGUUCAUGUAAACACAUUCAUAAUUAUUACAAUGUACAGUUAAAGCACUGUUAAGAGUGGUGCUCUCAAUAACUAUAAAUCUUGUAUACAAAGAGUAUUUUGGGUUACCAAACAAACUUAUUUUUACACAUGAAACUUAGGUCAAAUAGUAUUAAAAAAAAAGGAAGAAAAAAAAAAAAGAAAAGAUUCUUGGUUAAAUCACUGCGGGCAUUUUCAAUCAAACGCCAGUUCAGCACUUGGAUGGAUCAUAGAACGGCUAUGAGGUUUGUUUGAUGCCAAAAAAAAUCAGCUUUCAAGUUUUUCAUUAUUAUUUCUUCGAAUAUCCAAAUCCUACUAUAGAUUGUAUUACAGGAAGCAUUCAGCACUUAUGUAAAGUAAAGUAUCUAAAGUACAUGCAGCUCUUCAGGGUAGCAAAGACAAGAAUUCUCCUGAGCAGGUUUUGUAAAUAUAAAUAUUAGAAAUCACUUUAGGAUAACAAAUUGCGCUAAACAUUAAACGAUACACUUUUCGAGUCACUGUCACCAGUUGAGUGAUUGUAUAUAUGUAUGUAUGUAUGUAUGUACAAUUAGAGGUAACCGAGAAGAGCAAGUAUUGUUUGGAGUGAAGGUGAGGCAAAAUGGGAAAGUUCCUGCUCCGGGAAACAUUAAUGUAAAUAACGUGGCUGAAGAAGUUAACAUGGUUGUAUUUGUUGUUAUAAGUCAUCCAUUUACUUCAGUGCUUCAAAUGAUUGCCUCUCUGCCACUGACUCUAAGACAGAAUAAAGAAUGUACAAAGUGUUCAAUAUUACAUAAAUAAAUACUGAAAUAACUAUAUAAAUAUAUACAGACAAAAUAUGUAGGAGAACCAUGAAAUUACAUGGUUCUAGGCAUGGGAAUGUCAGUCUGUCAAGGGUCAGUCGGCCGCUUCACCACUUACAUGCUAGGAUAUCUUAAACAUUAAAAUUUUGCCCAGGCGUUCUUGGUGGCAGGGUGUUGAACCCUAUGAAUGUUGUGAUUUGACCUCUCCUGAAGCUUCACCAUCAUCUUCUAGUUUUCAAGUAUCCACAGACAUUAGUGCUUUUUAGAGGAUGACAUUUGUGGCUUUGAAAUGUCAGGGAAACUAUUGGACAUAUUUCUAUGAAAUCUGGUACACACAUUCAUGUCCCCCUCAGAAUAAACUUCAGUGAUUAAGUUUUCAUUUGAGGCUCACAGCCUUAGCUGUACUUGGUGUUUAGUGUUAAGUUGUAAUAUGUUGGCCUGUUACACUGAGAUGGUGAGUGUAAUAUAUAUUAUAGCCUACCUUCCAAGCAUCAGCAUGUUGGCACUGCUAUUGUGAGCAUGUUGACUUUUGCAUAUACUUCAGAGUACUGCGGUACCAAAGUGCAGAAUCACAGAGCAGCUGCAGUGGCUGUGUGAAUUGUCUGUCUGCUCAAACGGAAAAUGGCUUUGUGGAACAAGAUAGCCUUUGGAAGUAAAACAUUUUGAAAUAAAAACUGCUGGAAUGACAUUAAAUGAUUUUAUGUCCAUAAGACCAAGCUGCAUUUUUUUUCACAAGGAAGAUUCUUGUUUCCUGCUCAUGUUUGUAGGUCUCUUCUACUCACAGCAGUAUCCUGAAUUAUACGCAGAAAAAUGAGUGAACCUUCACACUGCACACAUUUCUGUAAUGACACUUUAAUUAUACAGUGAUGAUGUAUAAACUGCGGUACAAAAUGAAUUGUAAAUUGUAAAAUAUUUGAAAUGCCUGAAAAGAAAAAGACUUAGAGCUGUGUUUUGUUUUUCUUUUUGUCUGAACUCCACGUUGCCUCACUCAUUACGAAAUUUGCAUUGGGCAGCAAGAACAACUCUUAAUUGUAUUUAGCUUUGUGUUUUUAUUUACAUAAUGAAUAAUAAUUGAGUGAUAGAGAACAGUGCUGUGAAAAGGAUUCUACACAGAUAAUGGAAAAUUUAAAUUCCCAAGAUUGAAAAACCUAAUUGAGUGGAUCACAGUUUAGUUUUGAGUGGAUUUUUUUUUUUAUUUCCUUCUAUUUACUGAUGGAUGUGUUGUGAAUAAACAUUAAUUGUUGAA